UUCUGCGGCGAGCAACGAAAUCAUAACAAUAACUUUGCUUACAUUUAACAUUUACGAGUGCUAAAUAAUACUAAUGGCCGACAAUAGUUGACAUAAAUUAAUAAGUAUCUAAAAUUUAAAAUUAUACGUCAAGUUAUCCAUCAAAUCGAAAAAAGUAUUCUCUUUAAAGUGUAUCUAUUAAAUAAAUAGUUUUAAAAUGUAAAUUUAUAAACAUUUUAUGUACCACAAAAUUGUAAAUAAAAACUUAAAACAUAAACGUGUCAUUCGAUUAUAAACAUUCAACUCACCGCCAGACAUACACAUCUAACUUAUUUUAAUGGAAUUUGUGCCGCAUUUUAAACGCAAACGGAGCAAUUCCAAAGACAAAAUAAAAAUUGCGCCAUUUCCACUUUGCGCUGAAGGACAACGAGGAUACCAAGGUGUCUUCACUGGACUCUGUGUGGAGGUGGUGGACACCGAGCAGGCAAGGAUUCGAACACUUCACGACAAUGGCUGCUAUGGCAAGGGAAGUUGCUCGCGAGGAGGACCUGUUUCUGGGGAGGCAGAUGAGACUCUGCUCCUUGGACUGGAAGAGGCUUGCUUAUUGACCUUCUUCCUGGAAGUAUUGGAAAUUAGAGACGUGUUGGGCAAUGUGAUGGACUGGAAUUCGUACAUGCAAGCAGCGCUGGAAUAUGACAAGGAUUUUCCUUAUAAACUAGCUGCUUAUUUAUAUCUCAAGUCCAAAAAUUGGAUCAUCAAAAGCGGUAUUAAAUUCGGUGGGGAUUUUCUUAUCUACAAGCACGGCCCCCGAGAAUUUCAUGCCAGUUUCUUGGUGUUGGUUCAAACGCCAGCUGAAAAUAUUCACUCCCAUUAUGCGGCCAAGAAUUUGAAGGGAGUUCAACGCGUCGCGGAGACCUCUGAUAAGGAUGUGCUCGUGCUUAGUGUGAACCAAUUCCCAGACUUUGAGCCAAAGCUGGCCACACCGACAACCCUGCAAUCCCUGACAAUUCAAGAAACUGUUAUACGUCGAUUUAACUACUCGGCUUUUGUGCAAACAAAACAAACAAAAUAAUAUGCUUAAACUAAA